AACGGAGUUCACCGUGUUUUACGGGAUACGAGUAAAGUACUGUAUGUACCUACCUAGGUACUCUGCUUCACCCAAUUCAGUCUCGAUCACCUUCAAGGGCACAUCUCCAAGCCAACAGAUUGAACUGCAUCCCACUUGAAAAGUGCUUAUAAACGCUGUUCGCUGUAAACAAACGUCGUUGAGCAAUCUCCCACAAACAGAUUGUAGAGAGCGAACUAAACUCUUUACUGCUUCAUAGGACCAAAAACAAGAUUUCGUGCCAGCAUAAAAUGGAUCAUCAUUCUCUUACAAUCACACAACGUUACCCCUCUCAACACCACUCCAAACCACACAUUGAACUGAUCGAAGCAUCCCCCUCCUGACUCCUCGCCCACCUUUCCACGACGUUAAGGACACUGUUAACAUGGCUACCGCCGACACCGUUGAGCUUGGAGAAGCUCACGAGCCGAAGGAGGAGUCCCUCAAUGUGUUCAAGCAGAUUCAGCAUGAGCUGAAGAAGACGCUGGUGCACAUCCGUCACGAACAUAACAAGCACGAGCCCGAGUAUUUCGCCGCUGUCGAGCACCUGAGCGAUGCGCAGCUAGCCGGCUUUGGGCCCGACGACCUGCACCAAGUCCGUGUCGCCGUGUCUGCAUACGGCGUGCACCUGUUCGGCAAGGUGCGCAUCCCCGCCAUGCCCGAUGACGGCCCAGCUUAUAUCCACUUCCGUGCCUUCACCGGCGGGCCCGAUGACACGGCCACACUGCAUAGUAUCCACACGGAGGACAAAGAGGAGCCUGACGGGGGACACACCUACCGGGCAAUCUUUACCAAGAAUGACCCACUAGAGUGGUUCGAUACCUAGAGUAUGGCACGGAUGGGUGUAAAGCAUCUCCCAAUCAGGAUGUUCCUCAGAAGCCUGGACGGCCAGAAGGGGGGAAAGGAAGAUGAGAAUAUUUUGCGUUAUGCAAGGCCUGGCAAAGCCGAAGCACAUUGUACCAGGGAUGUAAUUUGACAUUUGACUUGGUCCCUGCUUGUACUCUAGCCAUCCAAAUCAUCGGGCUCUGCUGCCAACAUCUCAGCGUAGUCAUCGGCCGAUGCAAAUGUUGGAAGGCUCUUGAUCUCCUUCCUGCUGAGCCUGCCCUUACGGCGCUCCUUGGCGGACAGCUCCUUUCCGGUAUCACGACGACCCUCAUCCUCGCUCGAGCUGCCUUCGACACUCUCCUCGGACUCGUCAAAGAUGCCUUCAAAGCCAGUGUCAUCCCCAGACACCUCGGAUUCAAUGUCUGACAUGUCCUCGUCAAGCGCAGGGCCGUCGACGUCCAUGUCGUUGUCCGAGUAGUCGUAACCAUCCAGAUCCAU